AAAUAAGUUCGCACGAAUAAAGAGAAAUUCAAAUUUUGAGAAGGCUGUUGUAAUUACAUUAACAUUACAGAUUCUGAUUUGAUGGCGUAGUAAGAAUACUCGCUACGACUUCCUGUUUGAAGUUGUACGUUACAACAAAGGGACAGUGUGGUUAUAUUUUAUAAACUUUUUUUUUUCAUGGAGUAUAUAAUGGCGGAUACUACAGCGCAGAAGGCUGAACAACUGUUAUUAAAAGGAUUUCCAGAGAAGAUUGUUAAGUUGAAUGAAUUAUUGGAGACUCCUGGCUUCCGUAAUAGGAAAUUGUCAAAUAUUCAUCAAGACUUAAAUGUGCCCAUUCCAGAUCCUAUUAUUCUUAAUCAUUCCGAAAAUGAGUCUGCUGCAAAGAAACGAAAAGUAGACAACAGUAUAGAUGAUACCAGUGGAACCAAAGUGAUGGUAUUACCAAAUGGACCUGUACCAUGUAACAAGCCCUUAUGUGAUCUUAUUCACAUAGUUAAACCUUAUAUUCGACAACUAUUAGAAGAUUCUAAUUUGCUGAAAAUGUGGAUCUCGUUUUUGAUUCCAAAAAUCGAAGAUGGUAACAACUUUGGUGUGUCAAUUCAAGAAGAUACACUUGCUGAAAUACAAUCAGUGGAAAGCGAGGCUGCCGCAUUUUUCGAUCAAAUAUCGAGAGGGAAAAUUGUUAGUAAAGUUGCAAAGUAUCCACACAUCAGCGAUUAUAGAAGAGCAGUUCAAGAAUUAGAUGAGAAAGAAUAUGUAAGCUUAUGGCUAGUUAUGUGUGAAGUCCGUAAUCGUUAUUGUUCUCUGCACGAUUUGGUAAUCAAGAACUUGGAGAAGAUUAAGAAACCACGUUCUUCCAACGCGCAAUCCUUGUAUUAA